GAUAUAAUCAUCAUCAAUCAUCUGCAUCUUAUUACAGUUAGCAAUAUCGUUAAUAUUCUACAAAUCAAUGAUUGUGUCGAAAAAACACCAUAGGGAAGAUGGAGGAACAAGAAGUGACAAAUCCUCUUCUUAUUACAAGUUAUGCUGUUCAGACACCAAAAGAAAGAUUCUCUUCAAGUGGUCUUCAUAGCAAGGAUUCUGUUGAUCUUCAGACCUCUAUCCACAAACUCCCGAGCGAUGCUAAGACGGCUUCUUUACAAGGUAUGCCUCGGCCAGCAACUUGGAGAAUGAACUUAGUGGCCUUGUCGCAAAAAUAUAACAUGUAUUUCGUGGCAUAUCUGGAUACGAUACACAUUACAAAACCUCAAACGCUCAAGCAGAUUAUGCCAGGUGUACCUGACAUGAUUCUCCGACUACCAAAGUCGAGUAAUGCAGGUCCUGGAUACGUUUACACAUCUCGCCCGCACUGUGUCAACAACAUGAUUAUUGGCAAUCUUGGCAACAAAGAGAUAUUGCUGUUCUGUUGCGAUGAUGGAGAUGUAACAGCAUAUUAUACGGACCUUCUAGCAGGAGAGCUUCAACAAACGGUUGAAAGUACACCUUCGUCAAUUCCGAUCGGUAGCACACAACCAUUUUUUCUCGAGAACGUCGGGAUAAGUGCUUGGGGUCUUGCUAUUCAUCAAAAGUCGCGCCUGAUUGCAGUAAGUUCUAACAACCAAGAAGUCGUUGUCUUCGUACAUGGUACUUCUAGUAGUGAGCCUUGCGAUUGUGCUGUGAUGGAACCCACAUUCGAUUCUACCAUCGACCCCUGGGCUCUUCGAGUUGAUACCCAGUCACAGAGAACCUUCCCUAAGAACUGCCACUCCAAAGGUUUCAGCUAUAAUACGGGUGGGACUUAUAAAACCUCUUCGUUUCCCUUGAGAUAUUCUUCACGAUUUAUAAGACGUGAUGGAGACCCCGCACUUCGAGGACCAUGUCCCCGUAAUUUUAGAAUUAUCCUUAAACCAGCCGGACCUAGUCACAACAUUCCCGCCAUUACUUUUAAUGAUGACGAUGAAACUGGCUUAGCUAAAUCGAUUAUAGCUACUGACAUUCUGGGAAGCAUGUGGCUGUUAGAAAUAUGGCAGGAGAGCCCUAAAUUGAUUGGCUUACCUCUUGCACCUGACCCAGGACCCAGAUUAUCUCAAAUGGGUUGGGGAGUCAUGGCUAUACCAUUGCGGUAUUUCAAGCACUCUCAAAGCUUUCAAGAUGCUUUGGGUGAGGAAGAUUUGAAUAGUGUUUCUUUUGAGUCCGUUCAGAAUAUGCUUGGCUCUAGGGUUUGUUUAAAUCUUGUUCAAAGAAUGAAGCGCUUUGAGCUUUCUAACCCAAUUCUGCAAAAUGGGGCAACGAUUUUGAACUCCAAAGAUAACUCAGGUUACGAACCUAUGCUCAGCAACUCGCCGCCAGAUCAACUAGGGGGGCUGACUCGACAAAAUCAUCUCCCUCCACAAACGACACGAUCCGCACAGCCCAGUAAUUUCAUGAAACACAUAAGCGAUAUGAAAAGUUGUCGCAUUGAUCCUAAUUCUUACACAAGCGAUCGAUUGGUCAUCCUUCGAACUUGGAUGGAUAGCAUUGAACUCAUCCCUUCUUCGCUACGCAUGCCUGCAACCAUAUGUACGAGGUGCUUUGAAGGUCAUCAAUCACCGAGGGCCUUUGGUGAAACUUUCCAUAAUAUAACUAGGAUCAACAUGAUGGCAUUAAUACCGGAACUCGCGCUUGUCAUUGUUGCUUCUCAAAUUGGCCGAGCAGCUCUUCUGACGCUGUCGAUGGUGGACGUUGGUCCCAAUUCAGAUCCCAUUCCCACCUUCCGUAUUGAAGGUCUUCUUCCACCUGGUACCAAGAAUAGCCAUAUUUAUAGCGGUUAUCAAGGGUCAAAUGCUCCACUCCUUGGACUGGCCGUAUCUCCGAUUCAGAAUGGUCAUGGGAUUGAAUUGCAAGCUGGAGAGAACCCAAAAAGGUGGAGAUUGAUUAUGCAGGGGUAUGAUCAUAUUGUCUGGAACUAUGAGUUGACUAGGGACGAGCAUAAUAAUUUGCAAAUCUUUUGAUCUCUGGCGUAUUUUGUAUAUUGGCGCUCUUCGGGGAUGGUUCACUUCACAGAGACGGUUUAAAGGUUUUGUAAAAUAAUACUGAUUUAGUUUUGGAUGAUAUUGGUUAUGGUGUUGGUGGUGAGCUCUCAAUGGCGAUCUAUUACAUUUUAACUCGCGCGGAUUAGGAUUUAUGGUAUUCAGGGGCGGAGUUUGGUAUGGGUUAAUUGAUAAGUUA